UGUAGUGUUUGGUAUCUUAGGUUAGGGUAGUUGUUUUCGUAAUUAAAAUCUUUUCGCGAUAUAAUUGAAAUGUCAUAACGUUGUUAUGAGUUCUUCAAACGUUUACGGUGUUUGAAUAUUUACAUACAAUUUUACAGUGCACGGUUGACAUUUUUUUUGUGAAAAAAUUACAUGCGUUAUGGUGUGAGAAUUGUCAAAAUAUUUUCCAUACCUUUUUUUUUUUUUUAUCAGUUUAUCUUUAUUGGAGUUUAACAAAACGGAAUUGAUCAAGAUCGAAUCAACGAGUAUAUUCAAAGAAAAAUGGCAACUCACGAAUUGGAACAGUCGUGUAUCUCCAGAAAUGAUAAUAAUUGGAGGAAAAACAUUAUCUCACAGCUUCGCGAUAGAAACAGGACUGAAACGUUUUGUUUUUCCGAUCUCAUCACUUUACAUAACAGAUUAUUCGAAAAUGUAAAUACAUUGCGUGGUCAAAAUAUGCAGUUAACGAUAUCAAAUGAAAAUUUGCGACGUGAAUCAGGCAACAGAAGUCCUGGUAUAGGCCCAAGUAUAAGUUCAGCUCACGAAGCACGCCUUUUAAAACAAACUGAAGAAUUAACUGCAUUACAUAGGAAAAAUGGAGAGCAUAUGCAACAAAUUGUAGAUCUUAAUAAGAAAAUGCAAGAAAUGAUAGAAGAACUACAUGCUAAAGAUGCAAGUCUUGCAGAAUCUAUGGAGACAAACACUGCUUUACAUUUGGAAAUAACAAAAUAUGUAAACAGAGAAAGAGAAUAUGAAAGUAUAAAUCAAAUGCUUAAAGAUGAACAUCAAGCUUUGCAACUUGCUUUUGCAUCUUUGGAAGAUAAACUCAGGAAAUCGCAGGAAGAAAAUCGUCAAUUGGUAGAACGUUUAAUUAAAUACAAGGCCAGAGAUGCAGAGAAAAUGAAUGAAGAAAAUGAUAAUUUUUUAAAUGAGAGUUUUACCAGUCCGACAGCCUUUUUGAUGCAUACCAUAUCAAAGUUUGGAAAACGACAAGCAAAGAUGCAAAAGGAGUUAGAGGAUGCUGCUCGUGAUACACGACCCGUUAGUCCUGAUAGAUCAAGUUUAAAAGAAGGUGUUGCUGGUCUUCCUACUACAGUACCAACAAAAGUGUCCGUCACAUUUAAUGCUCACGAGGGAGAAGUAUACGCCGUAAAAUGGUCUCCAGUCGACAGAAUCUUGGCCACCGGUGGAGCGGACAGGAAGGUGAAACUGUGGAGUAUAAUUAAAGGCACGUCCGAGAGCAAGGGAGUGCUCGUCGGUAGCAACGCCGGUGUAAUGUCGGUUGACUUUGAUUCGACGGGUACUCUCAUCCUUGGUGCUUCCAACGACUUCGCUAGCAGGGUAUGGACCGUUAGCGAUCUUCGGGUGAAGCACACGCUCACGGGUCAUUGCGGUAAGGUGAUGGCGGCCAAGUUUCUUGGCGAACCCUCAAAAGUAGUUUCGGGCAGUCACGAUCGUACUCUCAAAAUCUGGGACCUACGUAACAAGGCGUGUAUAGAAACGAAAUUUACUGGUUCGAGUUGCAACGAUCUUGUGACGUCGGACGGCGCCGGAUCGACGAUAAUCAGCGGUCAUUUCGAUCAAAGAAUAAGAUUUUGGGACACCAGAGCGGAAUCUAGCUCAAACGACAUUCUCCUCGAAGGGAAGGUUACGUCAUUGGAUUUAUCUCGUGAUACGAACUAUCUCCUUAGCUGUGUUCGAGACGAUACCGUCAAGCUUAUCGAUCUGCGAAUGAAGAAAAUUAUUGGUUCGUUUAGCGCUGACGGCUUCAAAGUUGCUUUCGAUUGGACGCGAGCGGCUUUUAGUCCCGACGGCCAAUACAUCGCUGCUGGCUCUUCCGAUGGAUCUGUUUUUAUUUGGUCCGUAGCGACGCAUAUGGUCGAGAAUGUACUAAAAAAUCACGCGGCAACUGUGACGGCUGUCUCUUGGCAUCCACAUGGAACUUUCCUCGCGUCGGUCGACCGCACGAAGACCGUCACGAUUUGGGGCGACUACGUUUGAUAGGACGAGUGAUCCCGCGACAAACGAUUGUUGUUUCACGCUCGACGAUUCGCGUGUUUUCUCCUGUUGUACCCUCGGCUCAUUCAACAUGGAACAUCAGAAGCAAAAGGGAUGAACUUUACGUCGCGCUGCACCAUCGGCCGCUACUACCAUCACCAUCAACAACAAUGACGACGAUGAUAACAAAUCGUAGAGGAUUCUUGCGAGAAGAGAAUAAUCAAAAUUAUUCGACGGUUUGACCGUACACAUGGUUGUAAAGCCUUCUAUGGAUAACGUUUCGGUGAGCUGUAAAGCGCCGCGGCUAAUGGCCGAACGAAUCGAGAAAAGAGCUGUAGGAACUAUUGUACAUAAAGCUGCACUUAUUGUUACUCCGAGGUUGUAAAGAUAUCCUUUUUUAGAGAUAGCGUAAGCAAGAACCGCGCAUUGUGCCCGCCUCAUCUCCUGAGAAAUCCGUGAGAUUAUCGUGUAGUUACUUAUUUCGAGAUUCGCUAGGCGUCGUUGCUUUUGACAGAUUAAAAAAGAAAAAAAAAUUAAACUUUGUAAAAUCAAUCGUUUGUCGCUGACAGACAUGACGACAACGACGAUCCACGUUGGAUGUUCAUAAAAAAAAAAAAGAAAGAAGAACAAAUAGAUAAAAGUAUAUACGAACGCAAGCUAUUUUUUCGUUUCUUGAAACGCGAAGGUUUGUCAUAUAAGAUGAUCCAACGUCGACUGUCCUUUUUGUAUUGUUCAACGCAAGUUUUACGUAAGAGAUGGGAAGUGAAUGUAUUUUUUAAAUAAAAAAGCACAAUAAUAUAAACGAUAUCGAUGCUGAUCGCGUUUGAGGAGCGAUUUGUAUGUUAACUAUGGGGUAAGUAUCGGUUCACAAAAUAUAGCAUGAAUUAUUUAAUCUAACAAUAGGUCUAACGAAUUAAAAAAUUUAUUGAUAACAUCCAUAUAUAUUGAGUGAUGAUUAUUGUUUCGUUAUAAGCUGUACAAGAUUAUAAAUUUAUAUGUUAUAUAUUUAAAUAGUUUCUUUUUUGUUUUAUAUUUUUACAUUACAAAAGUUUAACAUUACUUAUAUACUUUUACAAAGAAACUUGAUAUAAUAGUACAAGCAAUAACUUUCGUUUACUGCAAAACAAAAAGUAUGUAGCGCCGAGGUGUAACUUGUAUGAUUUCUGAUAUUGCAUUGUACGUAUAAAGUGGCAGUGUGUUUAUAACACAGUCUAAUAUUAUCUGCGACUAGUCUACUGUUAAUUUCUUUUUUUUCGUUCUUAUUUUUUUUUUCUCUUUAUUAUAUAACAAAUAUGCCAUCUACGAACAAACGCGGUCUAAUUUGUAUAUCGAACUUUUAAUACGUUUUUGGUGCAUCGAUUUCGUCCUUCGAUCACGAUAAUUCGUAGGAAGGUUGAUUUAAACGAGCGGUAUCGAACUAUCGCCCGAUAACUUGUAUGCACGUGACGAGUAGUGCAAACCGCCGAUUACGCAUGCAAAUAGAGUAUAAUGCUGCAAACUUAUUACGAAAAUUUAUCGGUCCAACAUUCUCGCAUCGUCAAUAAUGAAACCACAAGUGAUUUUCAAAAACUCGUUUCGACCAGCCAGUCCAUCAUAGCCCGUUUAUCUCUAUUUUCUUAGCUUUUUUUUUUUUUAAUCCUCUCUUGUUCACAUUUUUUCUUUUUCGGCCUAAAAGCAAAAAGAUUUUCAAUCUGCAUUAUUUUUCGUACUCGAUCGAGAAAAGUUUCGGUCCGAUAAAUUUUCGUAUCAAGCUUGCGAUAGUCUCUAGGCAGCGCGUAUCGGACCAAACCGAUUGCGUCCAAACCUGUUAUUUCUUUUACUAUAUUUACUAUAUACAUUGUAUUUUGUCUUAAUAGAAACACAUACACCUACACGGAGAAA